AUGAGCCAGCAAUCUCCUGCGGCAUCUUCGUUGCUUAGCUUCGGAGACGAGUCCUACAGCGUUCCUAUUACGACUGGAGAAUAUGGUCAGACGGGGAGAGGAUCUCUCGCUGAGGGUUUACUGAAACGACGACUUGGAGAUGAUGCUGUCAAGUCUGAAAGUAGUCAUCUAUCAGUAGCGUCACAGACGAUUCGAGUGGAGCUCCCUCCCACUGAGCCUGGCCGACUUCGCUUGCUCGGCGGAGUCUCAGCUUCCUUUGAGCCAGGGACACUGACUGCACUGAUGGGAUCUUUUGGGGCAGGUGGGCAUAUCAUGGGCGACAUAAGCAUCAAUGGGAAACCCAAAACUGAUGCAAUGUGGAAGUCUGUUGCCGGCUAUUGCGAACAGGUGGACCUGCACAACCCGGCUUUGACUGUACGGGAGUCCCUCAUCUUUGCCGCAAGGUUGCGUUUGCAGCCUUUUGACAUGUCAGACGAGGCCAAAGUUCCCUAUGCAACGCACCUUUUGUCACUCUUGGAUAUUGAAGAAUUCGCGGACAUGCUCGUUGAGCUUAGUGCAAACCCCGCGGUCCUCUUUGCUGACGAGCCCACGAGUGGCCUCGACUCCCUUAGUGCCUCAGUUGUAGUUGCUUCGCUAGAGAAGGCAGCAAAACAGGAGGGACUUACCAUCGUUUGUACAAUACAUCAACCUUCAAGGUCAGUUUUCGAGGCAUUUGAUAAUCUACUUCUCUUGCGGAAGGGAGGAGUCUGUGUAUACAACGGACCCAUCAAAGGCUUGCAAGCACACAUGACAUCAGCUCCGAACGGAGAGAAGUAUCUCGUGCCUGAAGGUGCGAACCCUGCUGAUCAUACACUAGACGUCUUCUGCGGUCCUGGAGGCAUUGAUGUUGACUGGUCUGAGCUCUAUGAGAAGUCUGACAUGGCUGUGAAGGUCAACGAGGACCACGAUGUUGUGGCCGCGACACGAGGGGCAAUCGCUGUUUCAACGAUUCCGCAAAGCUUCCUCGCAGAGUUGUUCAUCGAAAUCCAGAGGGAACUGUUUGUGAUGUGGCGCACCCCUACCAGUAGCUCGGGUGCACCCCAAAAUGUCGUUGGAAGCAUUUUCUUUUUCAAUAAUAUCGCGACGGUGCCUCUGCUCUCGUCCAUGAUUCCCUUGAUCAAAUCUCGUGCUGUCUUUUACCGAGAAUUGGCCUCGGGCACAUACCGGCGAGCUGUAUACGGAAUUGCGGUACAAGUCGCUGAGAUCCCAUUCAACCUUGGCGCCGCUCUCUUGUCCUUCAUCCUGAUCUAUUUCAUGGUUGGAUUGAAUAUGGAAGGCGAGAGAGUCAUCUACUUCUUCCUCAUGGCCUUGGUAUCGUAUUGGUUCCUCCCAGCGUUUGGCCAACUCCUUGCCUUUGUUUCUCCGAACACUGGAGUUGCUGUGGCCUUUGGAUCCUUGGUGAUGACGCUGUUUACCCUUGCAAUGGGGUUCCUCAUGUAA